AUGUCUCGAAAAAUGCAAAUAAACCGACUUGACAAGGAUGAAUUGUCUUACGAAGUGGCUAUCAGAGUUAUUGCUGUGGGAACAGUCGAUGAGAUGCGACAGAGACUGGCCAGAGCCAUUCAGUUGGAAAAAGAAGGUGACAGUUUGAAUUAUCCAAAGUAUCCUUUUAGUUUUGCUGAGGAUUUGGAGUAUGAAGAGAAGAAAUUAAAAGAAAUUGAAUCGAUGAUUAGUGACUUGACGGAAGCUAAACUUGGUACAGAAGCAGUUAAGAUUCAGACUAAACUUAGUCAUGUAUUGGGACGCAUUGAGAAUAUGGACAGUGAAGUAGCAGAAGAAAUGACGAAGAAAUCAGAAUUAGUGGCUGUUGUUUUGAGUUCAAUGGAUACAUUUGCUGUUAAACGUGAUGCUCUAAAGAGUAAACCUGCGCAACCUCCUGCUCUUUCGUUGGUUCAAGCUCAAAUUAUUCAGGUAAAUACUUUCUUUCAGCAAGGCAUAGCAAAUGUUCCUGUGUCUUCCUCCGUUGUAAAUUUAGCUCAAUUAGGACCAAGCCAUUCUACUGCUCGUCGAAUUUUGUCUAGUAAUAUGAAAAGUAUACCUCCGUAUAAAUGGAAUCUACAGAAGUUUACUGGUGAUAGUAGAGGAAUGUCUAUUAAUGCUUUUUUUGAACAAGUCGAAGAACUGAGACAAGCUAGAAAUGUAACUGAACAGGAUAUGCUGGACUCUGGAAUUGAUUUAUUUUCUGGUAAAGCUAAUUACUUUUAUAAGUAUUGUAGAGAAAGGGUUACGAGUUGGAGUGAGUUGGUAAGCGAGUUUAGAACAGAAUAUUUAUCUUCAAGUCAUACAGAUGAUUUAUUCGAAGAGAUUAGGAAGAGGACUCAAUAUUCUUCUGAAUCCAUUGGAGUAUACCUAGCUAUUCUGUUAAGUUAUUUUGGCCGACUUGGAUGUGUUGCCUCUGAAGAAGUUAAGCUGUCAAUUAUUCUGAGAAAUUUACACCCUUUUUAUCAAGAGAGAUUGCGGGAACCGUUGCAUACGUUUGUGGCUAAACUUAGAUCUGUUUGUCGAAAUAUGGAAGAUAGGAGAGACCUAAUCAAUAGUUAUGUUGAACCUACGUCUUCACGGAGAAGAAAUUUGAUAGAACGGGACUUAGAUUAUGUGGAUGUCAACUUAAUUAGUUCGACUGAUCAAGAAAAAUCACGAUUUUCAUCUUCUACUUCAUCUUUAGCUGAGAAUAGAAAGGAUUCUCCUAGAACGAAAGAAAUAGUAUGCUUCAAGUGCAAUCAACCCGGUCAUAAAGCGAUUGGUUGUGUAGCGAUGACAAAGAAAAAAUGCUUUAAAUGUAAUAAAGAAGGUUUUACGGUGAGAACAUAUCCGAAUUGUAACCGGAACCAGGGAAACGAACAGAGGCGUCAUUAG